UCCCGCUCGCGCGCGGAGACCUGCCCGCCUUCCUCGGGAUCCUGACAGCUGGGCAGCUUUAUGCCAGAAACACGUAUGAAACACGUCUUUGUUCUGGUUGUCGGAAGAGUAAGAUAAAAGUUUUUGGAAUUUCAUCAGCGUAUGACUUCUGACCGACUGACGUGUAUGAGGCGCAAUCCUCGUUUAUUUUUGGCAUCUCGUCCUGUGCAGCCAAAGCACACGGGAUCUUCUGUGCUUCAUCACAUAACUGCUCAGGUUACAUCACAAUCACCACUUUUCUUACCCCACUUCCCUUUUUUUUAUUUUUUUUUUAUGGUCCCUGUUGUAAAACCGUCAGUGUGCUGCUGCAAGUUAUUAGACGGAGUCAAUGGUUUGUGACAAGCCAGUUUACGAGGAACAAACGGAGAAAUCAUGAGUACAGCCAAGCCCAGCGGACUCAAAGCCCCCAGCAAGAUCAGCAGACCAGCUGGGACCGGGACCAGCAAGACGUCCCCAACCUCUGCUGCAGCUAAAUCAGUUUCAGGUGACAAAGCUUCGUCUGAAACCCCGGAUGCAGCUGAGGAGUUUAAAGUUGGCGAUCGAGUUUGGGUGAACGGGAACAAGCCGGGCUACGUUCAGUUCCUUGGAGAGACCCAGUUUGCCCCAGGACAAUGGGCCGGCAUCGUGCUGGACGAGCCGAUCGGGAAAAACGACGGCUCGGUGGCAGGAGUGCGCUACUUUCAAUCCGAUCCUUUGAGGGGUAUUUUUACACGGCCCUCCAAGCUUUCCAGAGUGGAGGGUGAAGCUAAUGGGACGACGACGGCGCCCGCUUCUCCGACACCCCCCGCGACAGCGACGACGACGACAGCGCCGCCUGCCACUCCGGCGCCCGCUCCGGCCACCACUCCCGUCACCCCUCCGGCGGCUGCUUCAGAAACCGCCCCAGCUGUCGCUCCGCCGGCUAGCGCAGCAACCAAAAAACCUGCCAAGCCUGCCUCGACCCUGACUCGCUCGGCUUCUGAGUCAGUGUCCAACCUGUCAGAGGCAGGCUCUGUGAAGAAAGGGGAGCGCGAGCUAAAGAUGGGCGACCGUGUCCUGGUUGGUGGGAGCAAAGCCGGUGUAGUACGCUUUUUAGGGGAAACAGAUUUUGCCAAAGGUGAGUGGUGUGGAGUGGAGCUGGACGAGCCUUUAGGGAAGAACGAUGGUGCGGUGGCUGGAACCAGGUACUUCCAGUGUCAGCCCAAGUACGGUCUUUUUGCCCCGGUGCACAAGGUGACGCGCAUCGGCUUCCCCUCCACCACUCCGGCCAAGGCUAAGGCCGCAGCGCGGAAGGUGUCUACGCCGGCAGGUUUGAAACGCAGCCCGAGCUCCUCCUCAAUCAGCUCCAUGAGCUCCGUGGCGUCGUCUGUGAGCGGCAAGCCCAGCCGCACCGGUCUGCUGACGGAAACCUCGUCGAGGUACACGCGGAAGAUCUCAGGCACCACGGCACUCCAGGAGGCUCUGAAGGAGAAGCAGCAGCACAUCGAGCAGCUCCUUGCCGAGCGUGACCUGGAGCGGGCCGAGGUCGCUAAAGCCACUAGCCAAGUAGGAGAAGUGGAGCAGGAGCUCAGCAUCCUCAGAGAAGGUCAAGAACAGUAUGUGGCUGAUAUGGAGGCCAAAAUGGAUGAUCUGCGCAGCCUGGUGGAGGCUGCAGACAGGGAAAAGGUGGAGCUUUUGAAUCAGCUAGAGGAAGAAAGGAGAAAAGUGGAAGACCUCCAGUUUCGUGUGGAAGAAGCGUGUAUUACCAAAGGAGACCUGGAGACGCAGACCAGACGGGAGCAUGCCCUCCUUAAGGAGAUCGAGCAAAGUCUGCUCUUUGAAAAGACCAAAGCUGAGAAACUCCAGAGGGAGUUAGAAGACUCUAGGGUUGCUACGGUCUCUGAGAAGUCUCGCAUCCUCGAACUGGAAAGGGAUCUUACUUUAAGAGACAAAGAAGUGGCCGCCCUUCAGAAACACUUGCAGGCUGGCCCUGGACAAUCAACUGGGGACCCGACAGCACCGGUCCUCCAGGAAGAACUCAGUUUGCUUCGGACCCAGCUCUCCUCUCAAACUGCUAGCAAUGAGAUUGCACUAGCUGCCUUGCGUACAAAGCUGGACGCAGAAACAAAAGCACACAGCGAGGCUUUGUCCCAAAUCCAGGCCUCAUCAGCACUUCUAUCAAAAGACAACGAGCAGCUUCGUGCCCGAUUGGCCGAGGCAGAAAAGGAGAACGCGGAUGUCAUCGAGCUGUGGCGCUCCAAGCUAGCUUCGGCUAUCGCCUCUCAUCAGCAAGCCAUGGAGGAGCUUAGGGCUUCCUCGGGUAAGGGGGCCGAAGCGGACCAGGCCGCCGAGCUCAUGCUGCGAGAAACUUUGGAAAGGCAAAAGUUGGAGCACCAACUCAGGCUAGAGGAAUGUCUAGCUAAGCACAAUACUGAAGCUAAAAGAUGGGCACAAGAUGUCGAAGAGCUGAAGAAACAGCUGCAUGCCGUGACCGAGGAGAAGGAGCGUCUGGUGGAAUCUCUCCGCACUAACCUGGAGAGCGCGGAGGAUCAGCACCUGGUUGAGCUUGAGGAAGCGCUGGGAAAGCUGCACAAUGCUGAGAUUAGGGUGAAGGAGCUAGAAGAGGACAACUCUAAAUUAGGGCACCAGGUGGAGGAGAGGACUCGGGAGGUUCAGGACCAAAAUGCUCUCAUUCAGACGCUUAGCUCUCACCAGAGCCAAGGGGAACAGGACGUCCAAAAUCUGUUGGCUCGAGUCGAGGAAACGGAGGGCAAGGCCCGCGUGCAGGAAGGAAAGGUUACUGAGCUGAACACCAUGCUGGAUAGCAAACAGAAGGAGCUGGAUGGACUGCAGGAAACCCUGGCCUCGGUGCAGCAAAUUAAGAACUCGUUGGAGCAACAACUUUUGGAGUUGAAACAAAAAGUUUCGGAGUCCUUAGAUGAACAGUUGGCGACCACCCAAGCUGUUCAGAAGUUACAGGAGACACUCAGCAAGAAGGAGGAACAAUGCACAUCUCUUUCUAGCGAAUCUGAAAAGCUCAAGAUUCAGCUGUCUGGUUUGGAAGCCAAGUUGAAAUCUAGUGAGGAGAAGCUCGAGCAGCUAACCAAAGAUAAAGCAAAACUUGAGGACAACAUCAGCGAGCUGAUAAAGUCAUCUGGAGACAGCUCAAGUCAGCUGACCAAGAUGAACGAAGAUCUGACACAGAAAGAAAGGAGACUCGAGGAUCUUCAGAAUCAGCUUUCGGAGCAGAAGCAGUUGGUUGCUCAGUCUGAGGAGAGCAGGAGUCAGGAGCAGACUCGAGCCAAGCAGGAGAUGAAGGACAGCAGCGAGAAACACCAGGAGGAGGUUUCCAAACUACAGGAAAAGAUCAAACAGCUGGGAAAGAACCUUGAGGAGAUCCAGGCUAAGCUCCAGGAAGCCCAGGCCUCUGGAGAGAAAGCACUUGCCAGUGCCUUAGAGAAGCACGCGAAGGAGCUACAGGAGCUACAGGGUCAGGUUGAAACGGCACAACAGCAGCGUUGCAUCGUUGAAGAGAAGUGCCAGAAACUUAAAGAAGAGGUGGAGGAGUUAGUGCCCUUUAAAGAAAAGGCUCAGUCUCUUACUACUGAGUUGACUUGUUCCAUGCAAGGGGCUGAGAAGCUUGCUUCUGAGGUUGGCGAGUUAAGGUUGUUGUCUGAGCGUCUAUAUAAGGAAAGGGAUGAUGUUCGGGCUCAGAUGGAAAAUGCAGAAAAACAAAUUUUAGAAUAUUGUACGAAGAUCUCUAGCCUGGAGGAAGUUCAGAAGGAUCUAUCAUCAGAGAACGAUGAGCUGAAAGCAGCUAAUGAACAAGUAAAACACGAAAUUAAGGAGGCGCGUUCAACCAUUCAGCAGCUGCAUGAAGAAAAGUCCUCUCUCAGCAAUGAGAAAGAAGAGCUUUCCAAAGAUCUACAGCAUUUAAAACAGAUCCAGGAAGAGAUGAAGGCGGAGAACGCAAGCCUGAAAGAGACUCAAGCACAGCAUGUUAUUCAAAUAGGAGAUCUAGAAAAGCACAAAGCAGAGCAAUUAGAAGUCGUACUGAAAUAUCAGCAGGAGAUUCAGCAUCAUGAGGAAAAUAGUGCAGAUCUGGCCCAAAAGCACACCAAGGCCUGUGAGGAGAGGGAUAAGUUUCAGGAGGAGCUUAGAUCCUACCAGGAGGAACUGCAGGCAUCUAAAUUGCUGUUUGCAAAAAAUGCUGAGCUUCAGUCAAAGCUGCAGACUGAGAAAGAGGAGCUGUCUUUUAGAAUGGCUCAGUUGCAAACAGAACGUGAACUUCUCCGUAAUGAAAACGAAAAGAUGGCUUCAGAUCUCAAAACUGCCACUUUAGAUAAAGUGGGUCUUGUGGCUGAAAAGUCAGAACUUCAAGACCAACUCGAUGCCACAAAGACCACCCUGGAGCAGUUUAAGAGGAACAAUGAUGAGCUUCAGGCUUCCAAGGACAGUUUUGCCAGAAUGCUCGAGGAAAUUAAAACCUCUAGUGAAGUCACAGAUUCUGAGAGGCUUUUACUCCUUGAAGAGAAGGAAAACCUCAUUGAAGCCCAGAGGAAACUGUCCUGUGAAAAGCAGGACCUCAAUAAACAAAUAGAAGUUCUGGUUGAAAAGUUGCGUCUCAGUACGGAAGAAGUGAAGGCCGCCAAUGAGAAGAUCCAGCUCGACACAGCAUCUUUUGCUCAGGAGAAGCAAACGAUUUAUGAGAAACUCUCAGAGGCUGAAAAGACUAUUCAAGCCCUUGAAAAGGAAAAAAUCAACAUAACAUCUGCCUUUGAAAAGCAAAAUGAUAAACAGCAGCAUUUGGAAGAAGAAAUGAGCAGCUUGAAGGAGAAGUAUGAGAAGGAAAUUUUGGAAACUGCUUCUGUCUUAGCGGAGAAAAAACAAUCGGAGGCUGAUUUAUCGUGUGAGAUAAACAGCCUAAAAUUAGAGCUGGAGAAAACGAGGCGUAUAAAUGAGCAGAUCGAUUUAGAUCGGGCAAAACUUAGGAAAGAAAACGAUGACUUACAAACUGUUGUGCAGAAAAAGAGCUCUGAUGUAGAAUUGCUAGAGAAGUCCAGUGCCAGCUUAAGUGACCAAAACCAGAAAUUGCAGCUCAACUUGGACCACAUGAAGGAAGAGUAUAGACAAAAUGCUGAUAACUUUGAGAAGGAGAAGAUUUCCCUGAACUGUGAGGUAAAGGAGCUUCAGAAGACAAACAGUGAUCUCUCCGAUCAGAACAGAUCACUCUCUGAGGCCAAGAGCAUCCUGGAAGCUCGGCACCGAGCGCUAGAAAUGGAGAAGAAUGAAUUAUCUGUCAUUAAGGAGAACCUUUCUAAACAAGUUGAGGAACUAACUAAGGAAAUGACCAAUUCUGAAAAAGGGAAAGCCGGGCUUUUGGAUGUCAAGGCCAAGCUUGAUGAUGAACUUGUGUCGAUUAGGACUGAGAAACAAAAGGCGGAAAUGGAACAACAAUUGCUUUGCGAGAAAGUCGAGCAGUUAUGGAACUCUUUAAAUAAAAUGUGUUUGGAGGGAAAAACAGAUUUGCAAAAACUUAACCAGACUGCCAUCUCCAGUUGUCAAAAAGUUGAAGAGAUAUGUCAUGUACUUCAGAAAGUCAGUGAAGAGAGAACUUCUCUUGCCAAAGAAAUCGAGAAUUUAAAAUCCCAGCAAAAGAGGGGUGAUGAAGAAAGAUCAGAUAUGUCUUUAGCCAAAGAGGCUCUUGCUUCCAAAAUCGUAGAACUGGAGAACACCACCUCGUGCCUUGUUAAGGAGAAGACUGACCUCCUGGAAUCUUGUGCGUCUCUAGAACAGGAAGUGGCAUCCCUUCGUCAUAAUGUGGAAACCGGUGACAAGAAGUGCUCCGAUUACCUGAUUAAAAUCGAACAAUUGGAGAAAUCGCAGCUCGAGUUGGGAGCGAAGAUAGAAAACCUAGAGAUUGAAAACGUUAAGCUGAAGGAGCAACAGCGUGCUGCGGAAAAGCAGGCUACUCUCCUAUCCGAAGCCAAAGACAAGAUAGUCUCCAGGUUGGCCGCGGCGCAAGCCGAGAGGGAUGCUUUGCAUGUGGAAAAGGAUGAUGCCAACGCCAUGGUGACUCAACUUGAAGCUCAAAACAAAAGUGCUCUAGCAAAGCAGCUUGAGGCUGCAGAGAGUGCUGGACAGACAGCACAGGCCCUGGACAAACUGACCCAGGAAAAGCUCGCUCUGCAAAAAGAGAAAGCUGCAGCAGAGGCUCUCAUCCAGGAGUUUAAAAAUGCCAAAGAAGACAUGCAGAGCCAGUUGGAUAGUUUGUCGAAACAGAACUCGGAGUACCAACAGGAGCUGAGCAAAUCCAAACAAGAGCAGAGCUCAGAGAAGGAGAGGAUCAGCAGUCUUUGUAAAGAAAUUGAGGAGCUGAAAAAAGCAGCAUCUGAACACACACUGGCUGUGGAAUCUGUGCAGCAGGAAAAGGCUAAGCUGGCUGAAGAGCUGUCCAGCAGCAAGAGGGACAACGACAGCCAGGAAAAACUUAAGGAGCAGCUGGAGCGUCUCAGGAGUCAGAUAAAGGACAUGGAAAAGAGGGAGCUCGCCUUGAAGACCGAGUCAGAGACGGAGAAAUCCACUUUACAGCAAUCGGUCCAGAAAAACAGUGCCUUGAUCUUAGAAAAAAACAAAGAACUUGAAACACUAAAGAGCGAGGUCUCUGUGCUGCGUAGCGAGCGAGCGGCUGCAGACAAUCUCCAAAGCACUGUGAAGUCUCUUGAAAAAGAAAAAGCUCAGAUGCAGGAGCGGGUGCGCGCGCUGGAGAAGGGCUUAACAGCAGCUAAGACAGCCGGUCCUGCAGAAAUCUCCACAGGGUCUUCAGCUCUGGACGAGAUGAGAGAGGCGAAGGUAACAGCUGAGUGUCAGGUUGAAUUCCUGAACUCGGUCAUCGUGGACCUGCAGCGCAAGAACGAGGAACUGAAAUCCAAUCUGGAGAAGAUGGCCGAGGCGGCGCUCAACGGAAACACCGCCAGUGAGAUGGACAACCAUGAAAGCUUAUCCGAGUCUAAAGCCAAAAAGAAACCGCCGCCGCGCCUCUUCUGCGACAUCUGCGACUGUUUCGACCUCCACGACACAGAGGACUGUCCCACGCAGACGCAACUUCCCGAUUCUCCUCCUCACACCACCUACCACGGCAGCGCCAGCGACGAGAGGCCUUACUGCGACAUCUGUGAGGUGUUUGGCCACUGGACUGAUUCGUGUAACGACGACCAGACCUUCUAAGCUGACGAUAUAUAAUAAUAUACCCUCUGCAAUGCCGCAGACGCCUUCAACGACAUGUUGCACAAGUGUGGAAAGAUCCAUCUGUUGUGUGUGUGCAUUCACUCAUUCGCUACACCUCUCUACACAGUGCUCAGAUGUUUUUUUUUUUUUUUUUGCGUGUCUGGGGUUUAACUGCUUUAAGCUGUAUUCAUAAAUUAAAUAAUGAAUUCUUUAAGAGACUGUUAAAGCAAAGAUUGUUUGUUUUUUAAUUAUUUUUCACGUUGUUGAAUUUAUAAUGUAGCUGAUGGAGAUCUUCCAUACAGUCACCUUUAAUUUUUUUUUUCCGGACCUGUUUGAAUCAUUGCAGCAGGCAUAUCAUUGUCCUGAGUGUUUUAAAGGAAAGGGCGCUAAUGCACUUUACUCCAACAUCCUCUUCCUCGAUUUUCAGCUCGACGGAGAGCAAGACGGUUUCGUAAAACAGAAUGUAAUUCAAGGUUAUAUUGAUACUGUUACUUUUUAGGGGAAUAUUAUACAUCUGUACAAAAAUAAAUAAAUAUUGUUUAAAUCA